CCUAGCUAUCGUUUCCAAUUAAACGUUUACUCUUCCCUCUUUUUGCUCCCUAGUUCACCUGUUGACUAUCUGCACGGGGUACCGUUCAAUCCGAUCUUGCCGCCAACUUUCAUUGGGUCCCGAUUCCUCUGCCGAUUACCCCCAGGCUUCCCCGCGCGACAGAACCAUCCGUCGCUCGCCACUCUAUAUUAAGGCUGUCUGUCCCCUCCGAGUGGCAUCCGUCGAAUCGCCGUUAAUCUGAUCAAGUCUCGAGACGCCAACGGAUCACGCGAUUCUCUGUUGUUUUGUCAUCUCCCUCCCGGCUGGUAAAUCUUCUUCACCAACCUGGCUGAAGUUCGACUGGUGCUAGAACCCGCUUCUGCUCGCGGUCAACUUACCUCUCCCCACUGAUAUACAGUAUACAGUCCAGCUUAUAUCGGUGACCACCAUCCGAUUUUCAGGGCCAUUCUCAUUCUUUUCGAUUGCACAAUGACCUCCACAUCUCUAAAAGAGACGGCUUCCGCAGCUGCCUCCGAGGCCCCAAGAGACGCAAAAGCGGCCGUUGAGAGCUCCCCCGGAAGCGCUUCAUCCGUAUUUCAGUCCCCAUUCGUACGUGCGGCCUUGCCUUUCGUCAAUGGCGGUCUCGCAGGUAUGACGGCCACCACUUGCAUCCAGCCUAUCGACAUGGUCAAAGUUCGACUGCAACUCGCAGGUGAGGGUGCCAGAACCGGUCCUCGACCUUCAGCGCUGGGUAUCACAAGAGACAUCAUUGCUUCUGGCAGAGUGCUUGACUUGUACACUGGACUAUCAGCUGGCCUCUUACGACAGGCAGUUUACACUACCGCGCGCCUCGGGUUCUUUGACACCUUCAUGGCUAUGCUGAACAGCCGUGCUGCAGCUUCUGGAACUAAAGUGACUUUUGGCGAGCGUGCUGCAGCCGGGUUGACAGCGGGUGGAAUCGCUGCGAUGGUUGGAAACCCUGCCGAUCUCGCGCUCAUCCGCAUGCAGUCCGACGGAUUGAAGCCCAAAGAGGCCAGAGCCAACUACCGCUCCGUCAUAGAUGCCCUGGCCCGCAUUUCCAAAUCCGAAGGAAUCACCGCCCUCUGGGCUGGAGCUUUCCCGACGGUAGUCCGGGCAAUGGCGCUGAACUUCGGUCAAUUGACUUUCUUCUCCGAGAGCAAAUCCCAGCUUCAAGCCCACACAAACCUUUCUCCGCAGAACAGAACUUUUGCUGCAUCGGCAAUCGCCGGAUUUUUUGCUAGUUUCCUAUCGCUGCCAUUUGACUUUAUCAAAACUCGCCUCCAAAAGCAACAGAAAGACCCCAAGACCGGGCAACUGCCGUACAAGGGUGUCUUCGACUGCGCCAGGAAGGUUGUGCGCGAUGAAGGCUGGUUAAGAUUUUAUCGUGGCUUUGGAACUUACUACGUUCGGAUUGCGCCCCAUGCCAUGGUGACCCUGAUUGUCGUCGACUAUCUCAACCUGUUGACAUCAUAA